AUGUUCCUGAACCCAAGCGAGGGGCCCGUGGCCGAGGGCGGGGGGCCAGGGCCGGGUGAGGAGGCCCCCAAGAAGCAGCACCGGAGGAACCGCACGGCUUUCACCACGUACCAGCUGCACCAGCUGGAGCGGGCGUUUGAGGCCUCCCACUACCCGGACGUGUACAGCCGCGAGGAGCUGGCAGCCAAGGUGCACCUGCCCGAGGUGCGUGUGCAGGUGUGGUUCCAGAACCGCCGGGCCAAGUGGCGGCGCCAGGAGCGUCUGGAAUCAGGCUCAAGGGCUGUGGCAGCCCCACGGCUCCCCGAAGCCCCAGCACUGUCCUUCACCUGCCCUCCAGCCAUGCCACUGCCCCUGGAACCCUGGCUGGGCCCAGGGCCCCCAGCAGUGCCAGGCCUCCCGCACCUCCUAGGCCCGGGUUCCGCCAUGCAGGCACCCUUCGGACCACACAUCUUUGGUCCAGCCUUCACCGAUGGCUUCACCCUGGAGGAGGCAUCCCUGCGGCUGCUGGCCAAGGAGCACACACAGGCCCUGGAUAGGGCCUGGCCCUCAGCCUGA